AUGGAGGCGAUACUUGAGAAAAUUAAUAAUCUCACUCAACAACAAGAUGUGACGGGCCAGGAGAUUCAGCGUCUUUUGAGUAACUACCGGAAAGAUUCGGUAGCUCGUAAGACAAGGGAAUAUCUCACGACGAGAUUGGAACAAUUGGAAAAUCUCUGGACAGCCUUUUCGGAGAGAAAUGAAGAGCUUGAAGAGUUAGCGCAUUAUCUUCCAGCUCAUCCAUAUUUCGAGAAACAAUAUUUCUCUUCAAUGCAGCGCGAGUACACCAAGUACAAGGAGGACAUUGCGGAACGCCUUCAGGGUUUGGAAGGCACGUCCAAGUUGAAUAUCGAUUUAGGUAAAUCAGCCACAGGUGCUUUAGAUACAAAGGCCGCCACGGCAGCAAACAAUGCUCAGAACGAGCUUCCCAGCGAUGUCGUGGUACUAAUAAGGCAACAGCAAUCAAGGAUACGGGCUGUGGAAAACAUUAUUAGCGGCAUCGACACAGUUGAACAGGCACAACCCAAAUCAUACUACGAAUUGAAGACAGCUACUUUAUCAAAGUACUGGGAAGAGUUGCGUCAAGGCCAUCAGAAUAUAUGGCAAUAUUCCAGCGAUCCAAAUGAAUUAGGGUACAACGAGGAGAAUUUUCUCAACCUCGAAGAGCGAAUUCAAGACACUUUAAUAUUUCUCGCUGAAUGUCGUUCAAAGCUAGAGCCUAGCAUAGCCACCGCUACAAGGGCCUUUCCAAGCAUCAGCUUGCCACACGUGACAAUUCCUGCCUUUGACGGCGAUUAUGCACAAUGGCAAUCCUUCCACGACUUAUUCCGCCAGAUGAUUCACGAGCAGCAAUUGGGAAAUGCUCAGAAAAUGUGGUAUUUGAAGAGCAAUCUAAAGGGUGAAGCAGAGCGACUUAUACGUCAUCUGCCCAUCACUGACGAAAAUUAUGACCUUGCAUGGACAACGCUAACAAACCGCUACAGCAAUCAACGAUUGAGGGUAGCCACGCUAUUGGAUAGGCUCACACAACAGCCGAUGAUUACUUCGGAUUCCCCCAGUGCUUUGAAAAAACUUCAUGACAUUACGAAGGAAUGUCUAGCAGGACUCAAGAACUUUAAUAUCAAUAUAGCUAGUUGGGAUCCCAUUUUAUUACAUAUUUUACUGAAAAAGUUAGACAAGGUUACGCACGCCUUAUACGAACAAACUUUGACUUCACCACGAGAACUGCAGCCGGUUGAUGCAUUUCUCGCGUUUUUGGAAAGACGCUUUCAGUCUUUAGAGGCCUUGUGUAGCGACAAGAAGAGUACGACUCAAAACAAACCUACAAACCGAACCUCGGCUUUAAUAUCCAUCAAGGACAGUCAAUCUUUACAGUGCAAAAACUGCAAGGGAAGCCAUCGAAUCUACACAUGUGAAGCCUUUAAACAAUUGUCCAUCUGGGAUCGAGUAGCCAAAAUCAAGCAGCUGAGGCUAUGUUUGAACUGCCUACGGGGAGGACAUCGAAGUGCACAGUGCAGCGCAGGAAGUUGUCUUAAAUGUGGAAAGAAGCACAACACUCUACUACAUAUGGACGCCAACAAUCAAGACAAAACAACGCCCUCUAUCACCGCAAUUCAAACAACAGCCAACGCCACCAAGCAAGGUCAAGUAUCAAGUAUUGUAAAGGACAAGGGUUCUACAAAUGUCAACCAUUCUAUUGCAUUAUCAACGGAAAUAUCUGCAUCAGAGGGGCCUUUCGUUCUAUUAGCUACUGCACUCAUCAAGGUGACAAACCAAAAGGGCAAGUCGAUAGAAAUGAGAGCUCUGCUGGAUAGUCGCUCCCAAAUAAACAUAAUUACAGAAAUGGCUGUGAGAAAGCUGGGACUACAACCAACUAGUUACCAUAUACACAUUCGUGGUCUGGGCGGAGCGUCGCAACAAUCGCAACAGAAGGUAACGUUGUCAUUGCAAUCAAGAAUCACUACGUUUGCACGGAAGAUAGACGCUAUAGUUUUACCACAUAUAACAUCCUCUCAACCAUCGCAAGGUCUGAAUUCAAGGAAUUGGGCCAUACCCGGCAAUAUUCAGCUUGCCGAUCCUCAUUUUGACCGGGAAGGGCAUAUUGAUCUACUUCUCGGAGCUGACAUCUACUACGAACUAUUAGCUACAGGGCAAAUGCGGCUAUCAAGGAACCUGCCACUGCUGCAAAACACGGUCUUUGGUUGGAUAAUUGCUGGAAGGGUGGCAACAUCCUAUCAGAAAGAGGUUACAUGCGGCAUCCUCAACACCGAUGAUUCCAAGCUAAGCGAGCAGAUAGAGCGUUUUUGGAAAUUGGAGGAACCAGAAUCUACAGAGAACUUCGCGAUGACAACACAAGAAAUAAAUUGUGAAAAUCAUUUUGGUGAAACCAUGAAACGAACGAACAAUGGACGUUUCAUUGUGAAAUUACCUUUCAAGGUGGAUCCAGCAAAACUCGGCAAAUCUAGGGGCAAUGCGGAGAGGCGACUUUUCAAAUUAGAAUGGAGAUUAGCACGAAACCCAGAACUACGCAAACAGUACAAUAAAUUUAUGGACGAAUACAAGCAACUGGGGCAUAUGACGGAAAUAGAUGAAGGAAGUAUUCCGAGUCUUCAUUACUUUCUUCCCCAUCAUAGCGUUCUGAAGCCAGAGAGCACCACCACUAAACUUAGAGCAGUUUUUGACGCCUCUUCGGAAACCUCUUCUGGAUACAGUUUGAACGAUGUACUUGCUACAGGCCCUACCAUCCAAUCCGAAUUAUUUACCAUUCUCGUACGAUUUCGGCUGCCUUGCUUUGUUUUUACUGCUGACAUCGAAAAGAUGUAUCGACAAGUCCAGGUGUCGGAGGAAGACAAGAGAUUUCAACUAAUUCUAUGGCGAAAUGAGCCUAAUGAACCUAUAAGAUGUUAUCAGCUGAACACGGUCACAUAUGGUACUUCCUCUGCACCAUAUCUAGCCACCAAAUGCCUACAAGAAUUGUCAUCACAGACAACGCACAAAUACCCAUCCGGUUCGACUGCAUUAAGACGGGAUUUUUAUAUGGACGAUGUGAUGUCAGGUGCAAACACCUUGACAGAAGCUAUUGAGACGCAACAUCAACUUCGCACAAUGUUGCAAUCGGCCGGCUUUAAGCUUCGAAAGUGGUGUGCAAACAACAAGAAUCUUUUAAACAACAUUCCUGUUGAAGAUCAGGCACUCCAACUGGACAUAACCCAAGAAAGGGAGGAAAACGUGAAGACACUAGGAUUAGUUUGGACUCCUAAGACAGAUGAAUUUCAAAUUAGAUGCCCAUACACGGAAUCUAAGAAAGUAACAAAGAGAUCAGCGUUAUCCGAUAUCGCUCAUCUGUUCGAUCCGCUAGGAUUGAUGGCACCAGUUACAGUUACUGCUAAAAUCUUCCUUCAAAGGCUGUGGAGUCUCAAAAUAGGUUGGGAUGAAGAAAUUCCUUUAGAACUACAGGCGGAAUGGUCAAGAUAUUAUAAUGACUUGCAGGGGCUGAAUCAAAUUAAGGUACCUCGUCACAUAUUUGGAGGGAAGGUACCUGAAAAAAUACAGUUACAUGUCUUUUCGGACGCUUCGGAAAAGGUGUAUGGUGCAGCGGUAUAUUUACGAGCUAUUCAGUCAGAUGGGGUUCACACAGUUCGUCUUUUAUGUGCAAAGUCGAAGGUGGCACCAUUAAAACGAGUGACCCUACCAAGAUUGGAAUUGUGUGCAGCAAGGCUAGCAGCUGAACUCGCUCAUCGGCUUAAACGGGACAUAGAAAUUCCAGACUAUAAUUGCUUUUACUGGACCGACUCCGAAAUUGUCCUAAAUUGGAUCAAUGCAGAAGCAUCGUCAUUUUAUACGUUCGUGGCUAAUCGAGUCGCUGCUAUACAACAAAAAUCCUCACCCAAGCAAUGGAGGCACAUACAUUCAAAGGAGAAUCCAGCAGAUUUGGUAUCGAGAGGUGUCGCUCCAGGAAAACUGCAGAAUUAUGCCCUCUGGUUCUAUGGGCCUAUAUUUCUUCAUGGGUCUGAAGAGUGCUGGCCGGAAAGGUUUCAUAGUGUAGAUACCACCUUGGAGAAAAAACGUUCAAAAAUGGUAUUGGCCAUGGUGAAGGACUCAAUUUCAAUUUCAAUCAAAACUCUUUUCAACGACUGCAACGCAUAA